CACUUGAGAUAGCAAAAAAAUAGUUGUUUGGAACUAAGUGUCAAUUUGAAUGGCAUGCAUCCGAUUUUAUAAUACCCCUUUGUAGCGAUAGGAUGCAUCGAGCGAAGGCUACGUUUCGUGAAUUCCUGGUGGCAGCUGUUGCCAGUAUUUCGGGAAUCGCAAUGGGGUUGGCUCUAGGAUGGCCAUCACCAAUGUUUCAAAAGCUUACGGAAGAGACCCUCGUGGAAAAUCCCAUCGGUUAUGUGAUAGUCGAAAGUGAGCAAUCUUGGAUAAACUCGGUACUAGCAAUUGGAGGAUUUUUUGGGCCUUUUGUUGCGGGAUAUGUUUCCGAUCGUGUAGGCAGAAAACCCGCUCAUCUGUUUAGCAGUGUUAUCCAUAUUGCUGGCUGGAGCAUGUUGCUACUUGCGAAGUCGGUACCCCUAAUGAUAGCUGCCCGGUUUGUGCUAGGGUUCGGCAAUGGGUACAUUUUGAUCACCCUAACGAUAUAUAUAGGUGAAAUCGCCAGUGACAAAUACCGAGGAAUAUUAGGUUCUUUUUUGCAAAUUGGUCAAACAGUUGGUAUUUUGUACGUUUAUUGCAUCGGUCCUUAUGUCGGUUAUUACGCAUUCCAGUGGAUAUGCUGCGCCGUCCCUAUCGCGUUUGGAAUUUGCUUUGUUUAUAUGCCGGAAACUCCGCACUAUCUAAUCUCUAAAGGCCAGCACGAAAAAGCUCUUCAUUCACUGAUGUACCUUCGUGACGCUACGGCAGAGGAAAUCCAACCAGACAUAAAUGCGGUAGAGCGGUAUAUUCGUCAAGAGGAGAAUCUGCAACAGGAAAACGCUUUUCGAAAGCUCUUUACUUACCGAGCGAAUCAGAAAGCCAUCCUCAUCAGUUUUUGUUUGCUGUCAUUUCAACAGUGGACUGGAAUAGACUGCAUAUUAUCCAAUAGCGAGUUGAUUUUUGCUAAGGCUCGAAUCUCUCUUUCUCCGGAUAUCUCAACCAUUAUCAUUGGUAUCGUGCAAGUGAUCUGUUGCAUCGUGACACCAUUCUUCGUUGACCUUGUUGGCCGUAAACCGGUGUUAAUGUAUUCUGCGGUAGGAUUAUCAAUAUCGCUAGCUCUGCUUGGGGUAUACUUUGUCAUGGAACCAAUGGCGAUUCCAACAGAACACAUCAGCUGGAUUCCACUGACCGGAAUGAUCGGAUUCAUCGCUAUUUACAAUUUUGGUUUUGGUCCAGUACCGUGGGCAAUUGCGUCAGAAAUCUUCGCCUAUGACGUGAAAGCUCUCGGCAGUACGAUAAACGUCUCCGUUACGUGGAUACUGGACUUCCUAGCGCUACGCUUCUUCCUGUUGAUCAGCGAAUCUAUCGGAUUCGAAUGGGCGUUUUGGAUUUUUGCACUGGUUUGUGUAGCUGCAUUCAUUUUUACAUGGUUAUUCGUCAUCGAAACGAAAGGGCUGAGUCUUGAAGAAAUACAGCAACGACUCGGUGGAAAAUCUACGAAGGAAGCACUUUAGAAUGUUUUUUUUUUUUCAUCCAAUAGAAUUGUUUCUAUAGAUUAACGAUAAUGUUCAUGAAUAAAUGAAAAGCAUUUCAUAUAAAGCUGUUUUUCGUUUGCGAAGGUAUAUCCAAAACACCGAUAUAGAAACAAAAUUUUCGUUUAAUACAUAGGUAUAAGUGUUAAACUAAAUUGUGAAAGUGAUCUAUAAAAGAG